CAGAAAGACAGUGAGUAGGCAGGUGCCUGUGGAAGGUUUUGAGGUGGGGGUCUGUAGGGGAAUGGUAUUCCAGGUGAGCCAGUCUGGUGCUGAGUGUUUGAUACCAGAAGAAGGGGAAAUACUCAAAGAUCUGGUUGGCUGCGAGCUGGCAGAGAGCCUGAGCGACGCCUCCGACUCCGAUGAGGUCAUCCCAGCUCCCCUUUUUGGCUACUACAGGCAAGAUCUGCGCUGCCUCAGCAUUAAGGUCAGCUCGCUGCUCCCCCGGAGAAACGGAUGCCUCUAGGAAGCCCCCCGCCGCCCAUCCCCCCAGCCCAGACCCCGCGACUCCCUUAAAGCGAAAGGAGGAGCAGGGGGGGACUGACCGCAAUGGAUGUUCUCGUUUGCUCGGAUUUGAACGCUGGUUGCAAGUCGGUCGCAAGGAAUUGCGGAGCUGCCAGUGCCCGGCGCCCGCCUAACUAGGGCCGGGGCUGAGGCAACUCCCGAGCUCGCCGCUGUCAGCAGUGACACCGCUCGCUCAGCCCGCUCCCCAAUUCGUACCCCCCCUCCCCCGCUCCGGUCCCCGGGCGGGGAUGCAGCGGCCCCGCAGAGAGCGGCGCGGGCUCCAGCAGCUCUCGGUCCCCGCAGACUGGCUCCUGCGGGACAAGCGGAGCCCGAAGUAGGGUUUGCAGCUCGCCCCGCGCUCCGAGUGGCGGGAAGAGCAAAGGUUUCCCGCGCCGGGCGCGAUGGCAGAGUAACUCCAGGGCUCGCUGAGCAGCCCGGUGGCUGGCCUGGCCUGCGGCGCGUCCCUCUCCCCCCAGGAGAGUCGAGCCAGGCGGCAGCCGGAGUCCCGCCGCAGCUCCCUGUUGCGGCUUCCGAUGCCCUUUCGGCUCCGCAGGGUUCCCCGCGCGCGGCCCGAGGAGAGACCCGGAGAGAAACUUCAGCACCCGGACAGCUCCCCUGGAGCCGCGGGGCCGGCAGCCCCGCCGCGGGCUCUGCUCCCCCGCCCCGCGGGUGUGUCAGGCCGCGCCGCGCCCGGCCGCGCUGGGAGCGGUGACCCCGGGAGGAUGAGGGCAGCGAUCCGGACCUGAUUCUACCCGCGCCAGCCCAGCCAUGGGGAGCUGACCUGCCUCCGCCGGCGGUGCUGCCACCUAUUCGGAUGCUCCGUUUGAAAGCUACUUUGCCUGAGAGGCUUCCCCGCGUUCACUACUUCACCCCCCGCCCCGCAUGUUUUCUGGAGGCAGGGGGCUGAUCGCUGUGCGAAGAGCCCACUCCGGCUGCCGGUUGGAUUGGCAGUUACAAGGCUGGAGGGUGGGUGCCUGGGCCAGUGCAGCAACCCCGAUGAGCUGCAGCGUUAGAAGGAACCCCAGGAUUGACUCCGCUGUUGGGGGGUGAAAAAACACGCCCCCAACUUUGGCAUCCAGGAAAAGCGUGUCCCGCCCCCCUAUCCCACCCCAGCCAAGCUGCUUUCUUCGGCGACCAUAGAAAGAAAUUUCCCCUCCUAUGUAGCUGAGGGUAAAAGCGUACCCUGGGGGCAGCGCCACAUCUGGCAGGGAUUUGGGGAUUUAAAUCCAGUGUCCGCCGCAAUCAACAAUGGCAAAUGAACCGGUGAUUCUGAAUGUGUAUGAUAUGUACUGGAUAAAUGAAUACACCUCUACCUUGGGGAUUGGGGUCUUCCACUCCGGCAUCGAGAUCUACGGCAGAGAAUUUGCCUAUGGAGGGCAUCCUUAUCCUUUCAGUGGGAUUUUCGAGAUCACACCUGGCAGUGCGGUAGAGCUUGGCGAGACCUUUAAGUUCAAAGAGUCCGUUGCCUUGGGCACCACUGACUUCACAGAAGAGGAUGUGGAUAAGAUUAUGGAGGAGCUGGGCAAGGAGUACAAGGGCAAUGCAUACCAUCUUAUGCACAAGAACUGCAAUCACUUCUCCACCGCUCUAGCAGAGAUCCUGUGUGGGAAGGAGAUCCCCCGUUGGGUGAAUCGCCUAGCCUACUUCAGCUCGUGCAUCCCUUUCCUCCAAAGUUGCCUCCCCAAGGAGUGGCUGACCCCAGCAGCCUUGCAGAGCCACAUCAACCUCGGCCUCCACAAGGAAGAGCAGGGAGACACAACAGAUGAAGAGUCCCCGUCCACUUCUGCGGCUGCCUCAGCCUCAGGCACCUCGCGAACCUGUAGGCAUACCCGGGUCUAAGUUGUGCCCAACAUGCUCCCUUCUCUCACUCUCUUCUAUUUCUUUCUAAUUUCCUCUCUUACAGCACCUUUCUUUCUCCUUCUUUUCUUUGCCCAAGAACAUUGGGGGAAACCCACUUUAAUGAGAAGACGAGCUCCUGAUCCUUCUCGAAGGGUUGUCACUACUAUUGCUUGGCAAAAUGAUGCUGAACUAUAGCAUUGUGCUGACGAGUGUGGUGGCUAACCUGGAUUCUCCUCCCAAGGCCCCCUGUGCUCCUUGAUCCACAGAGAACUGUUGACUUUCUGGGCACAAGAGCAUGGGACUGGAGGGGAACCAUACUGUGAAGUUCCUUGGCUGGAACUGUUUUUAUUCUUUUAUCUCCCCCUCUCUCCUCUCCAGUUCUGUCAAGGCUGCCCCCCACCUACAGCGUUCCUCCUGGACAUACCAAAUGAAGGAAGCAGAACCUCAGCUUGACUUUCUCAUCUCUAAGACCAGCAACAAGGUCCUACAGAUCUUCUUUUUUUGUAAUUACCAGGUUUCUAAAUCGUUCGAAGGACAAGUGACAGGUACUGCUGUUCUACGACCACCAGUUUUCUGUGUUAGAAUUUAAGAGAUCAGAGGACUGCCCUCCCCCCAACAACAAUACCAAAUGUACCUAGAAAACAAA